AUGGUCCAGCAGCAGGCCCAGCAGCUGCAGCAGAUGACGAAGGUGCUGGAGGGUGUUCAGAAGGAUGUUCGCCGCACGGUCUCCGUCAUGCAGUACAACAUUUUGGCCUCGUACCUGGGCAAGAACACACAACCUUGGUUUCUCUACGGUGCUGACAUCGAUGCGGAGGAGCGCGCGAAGAUCUUCGCCUGCUUCAACGAGCGGCGCCCGGAUGGCACGCCGAAGCACGCGUGGCCAGACUACGUGACAGGUAUCCUCAGCGCCGAGGAGAUCGCGGAGGUGGAGCGGUACGACGCCUUCUUCAGGUGGGACUUCCGGCGGCAGAAGCUUCUGGAGCAGAUUGGGAUCAUGGAUCCGGAUGUUCUGUCCCUGGUGGAGCUCGAUGACCACGAGUUCUUUGCCGACUGCCUCAGCGACGAGUGGGACUCGGUCUUUCGAAAGCGGCCAAGGGCCUCGUCUGCGGAUGGAUGUGGCAUCUUCUGGCGGAAGUCCAAGUUUGAGAAGCUGGCUUCCGAGGGCUUCGACAUGGUCGAUGGCAACGACGACAAAGGCCGCGAGAAGCGAGACCGGAGCUGCGUGAUGGUGCUGCUCAAGUGGCGUGUUGCCAACCAGCACAUCUUGCCGCUGGUCGUCGUGUCCACGCAUCUUGCCAAGGAUCCGUACAACAAGGCGCAGACGGCCAUUCGCGUGCGGCAGGUGACACAGAUCAUGGCCAGCUUGACCGAGUUCACCGCCAAGCACCAGGCCAGGCACUGCCCAGUGGUGCUGCUUGGGGACCUCAACGCACGCCACUUCGGGGAGAUCCGGGGGAUCGCACGGACUGUGUGGCAGAUCAAAGGGGAGCCCGUGCACAAGUUCCUGUGGGGCGCCACAGACGUCAACACGGGACCAACGUCCGUGACGAAGGCACGGCACUGCCGCAUCGACGUGGUCCAGUACCUCAGCAGCCAUAUGGAGGCCGCAAGCGCGCAAACAACGUCACAUGGCAUUACGCAGAAGAGGUCAGCUAGUGGCCAGGUGCUGGACGUCCUACCUGUUCCGAAGCUGGACCCCGGGGAGGCCGCGCUGACCGCUCGUCACUGGCACCUCACUGACACCUGUUGUCACUGCAAUGUCACUACAAUCACGACGCUGCCCGGCCGUGGCACAAGAUCUGCUGCGCAUCGCGCAGCCCAAAGCUUCCCCCUUCCAGAAUACGCUGACUGGUAUUUGCGUUUGGCAAGGGCGAAGGUUGCAAAGCAAUUCCACACUGUGAUUUUCGUGUGGCAUCUACGCGCAACUUAUGCACAUUUGCUAUCGCACACUAUCCGUGUGAGAUGCUAUCAUGUUUCGGCCAGUGCCAUGGCUAGCCACACGCUUCAGUGGAUACAGCGUCAUGCCAAAGACCGUUGGGUCCAGCGUGCCCACGAGCAGAUGUACAGGUCACGUGCCGCCUUCAAGCUCAAACAGCUGGACGCGCAGUUCAAGUUCUUGAAUAGGAGUUCUGUCGUGUUGGACCUGGGCUGCUAUGCGGGUGGCUGGUCGCAGGUGGCAUUGCAGCGUACCGCAGGGCAUCGCGGCGGCGCGCUGGUGAUUGGCGUGGACAAGGUCAUGAUGGAGCCCCUGGAAGGGCAGCAAUUCGUUCAGGGGGACAUCGACCACGCUGCCACCAUGAGGCAAGUGGAGUCGCUCCUCUGCGGGCGCCAGGCCACGGUGGUGCUGUCGGAUCUGGCCCCGAAGAUGAUCGGGAACUCCAUCGACGACCACCUUGCCUCAGUGGAGCUGAGCAAGGGGGCCUUGCGCUGGGCCCUGAAGUUCCUCAGGGCCGAAGGUUGGUUCGUUGCGAAGGUCUUUGCAGGAGGGGCGCUGGACGGCUUCAAAGCACAGCUUGCGGAGCACUUUGCCAAGGCCGCGUGCUGUGAACAUCUCACCUGUCCGAACAGCCAAGCCGAGGGCCUCGAGGAGCGAGAGCGUGGAGGUCUACCUCGUUUGCUCGGGCUUUCUUGGCCGGCUCUGAGGCAAAACCCCCUGAGCAAGAAAGCAGCUGCAGCUGGAUCACAGCUGAAAGUCAUGCUGGAUCUGGAAGAGGCAUCGCUGCCGCGAUGGGCCUUCGGCCGUUUCCGUGUCAUUCCCAAUGCAGAGCAUCCCUCGGACCACUUCCCCGUCUUUGUCACCUUCAUUCUCAAGGAUGGCUACGAGAAGCACCGCGACUGUGCCAGGGCGUGGUUGGAAUGCGUGGCGGGGCGUGAGAAGGUGCACCCGCUGACGGACGAGGAGCUCCGGGACGCCUUUGAGUUCUUCGACCGCGACCGGCAAGAGUGCAUCCAUCGCCGAGAUUUGGAAGAAGCCUGUUUGGACCUUCGCUGCAACUUCCAUGUGGAUGUGCCGAAGCUGUUGGUCGACUGCUUCCCCAACAAGCAGAUUUCCUUCCAGAACUUCUUGCGUGCCUACGAGGCUUCCUUGCGCUCGGACCGGCUGCGGGCAGUGGGCGACCUUGAGUGUGCCUUCCGCUACUUUGCGGGCGAGAAGGAGUCCAUCGAGGUCGACACCCUUGAGGCUGCCUUCCGUGAGAUUACUCCAAUUAGCUUCUCCGACGAGGAGGUGAAGGACAUGAUCGGCCGCGUCUCCCAAGAUGGAAGCCCUUGCGGCAAGGCUUCCGUGCACCUCAAGGAUUUCUGCGAGGUGGUGUGCAGAGCAACCUUCCCGAACCGCGAGGUAGUUGUGUCCACCGGGACGGAGUCGCGGACCUUUAGCCAGCGCUCCCCCACCAAGGAAAUCAGCACCCGCUUGAAGAUUCUGCACAAGACAGUCUCUGGCCAAGGGUUCCAGGACCUUGACCGCAGCAACAGCAAAGGCUCUGUAAUUUCAGAAAUGCCCCUCCGCAUCGACAAGCACCUCGCGCCACCGGUGAUGCACUGA